CUUACUGAAAAAUAUGGCCAAAACGGAAAAUCUCUGAAGAGUAAAGCCAGAGGGAAGAGGUUUUAGUUUUCACAAGACAAAGAAAUCAAAGGACUGUGCUUUUGCUUCUUUCAAAGGGAAUUGAGGCAUUUCUGGAUACUCACAUAUAAAUUUGUUUAAAAGGGCUGGUUUUAAUUCGUUGCAUUCAUUGUAUCGAGCAGUGAGGGGAUUUGGGGUCCUUGAAAUUUUCAUUCUUUUUCAUUGGUGUGGAGACGAAGUCCAAACCCCAUGAAACCAAGUUUGAGAUUUGAAGACUGAGUGGCUUCUCACUCUGGGAUUAUGUGCAUGGAAUUUGGCAUAUGUUGGAUACGUGAACUAUUGUAAACAUGGAUCUCCGAGAAGAUAGCACAAGGUUUGGGUCGUUACCAGCAACGACUUUGAGAAAUUUGUCAUCAUCUUCAUCAGUAUUCUUUUCAGCAAAUCAGUCGCCAUUCUUCUCUCCAAGACCAUCAACGUGUCAAUUGUCUGAAUCUACGAGAUUGGAUGCUCUUUUGGAUAGCAGUCUAUUAAGUGCUGAUCCUCCUAGUACCAGCUCAGAAAUUCCAGAACCUGAAUCUCUAGCAAAUGUUGGAUAUGCCUUGCCAUCAAUGUCGUUGACACCAUCUGCUUGUAUUGCAAGCAACUUCCAGAAGUUUGAUUUUGUUUCACCCACCACAGUCAUUUCUAAUGGCUCCCUAUCUGGUUACAGCCAUGCAAAUGAAAAUGGUUAUCCCAGACUGAGAGAGAAGCACAGAAAGAAUAAGAAAAGCCACAGUAUGUCAUUUAACCCAGUUCCAGUAUCACUUUCCAGAUUUAGGAGCUAUGAUAUCUUUGUAGGCUUGCAUGGCCGCAAACCUUCUUUAUUGAGGUUUGCUAACUGGCUCCGAGCUGAGUUGGAAAUUCAAGGGAUGAGUUGCUUUAUAUCUGAUAGAGCUCGAGGUAGAAACUCUCGCAAACGUGGAAUUAUUGAGAGGGCAAUGAAUUCUUCUUCUUUUGGUGUUGUGAUUCUAACAAGAAAAUCAUUUAGGAAUCCAUAUACAAUUGAGGAGCUCCAUUAUUUCUCAAGCAAGAAGAAUUUGGUCCCAAUAUUUUUUGAUUUGAGUCCUGGAGAUUGCCUUGUCCGAGAUAUUGUUGAGAAGAGGGGAGAGCUGUGGGAAAGACAUGGGGGUGAAUUGUGGGUUUUUUAUGGAGGGUUGGAGAAGGAGUGGAAGGAAGCUGUUAAUGGCCUCUCUUGGGUUGAUGAGUGGAAAUUGGAAGCUCAAGAUGGUAACUGGAGAGAUUGCAUAUUAAGGGCUGUCACACUUCUGGCAAUGAGGUUGGGAAGGAGAAGUGUCAUGGAGCGAUUGACAAAGUGGAGAGAGAAGGUCGAAAAAGAGGAGUUCCUGUUUUCUAGAAAUGAAAACUUCGUUGGCAGGAAGAAAGAGUUGUCCGAGCUAGAAUUCAUACUUUUUGGUGAUAUUAGUGGAGAAUCAGAAAGAGAUUAUUUUGAACUCAAGGCCAGACCAAGGAAAAAGAAUUUGGCAAUUGGGUGGAGUAAGAGCAGUUCAGCAGAUGAAAGGUGCAGGGGAAGGCAACAAGAGAGUAGCAGCAGGAAGGGCAAAGAACCAGUCAUAUGGAAAGAGUCAGAAUUGGAGAUUGAGAUGCAAAGCACUGAAUUUUCUCAAGGGCAGCAUCAUCAAAGGAAAAGAAGUGGUGGACGGUAUGCCAGAAGAAAAAGAUCAACGAAAAUUUUUUAUGGGAAGGGGAUUGCCUGUGUAUCGGGAGAGUCAGGAAUAGGCAAGACAGAGCUUCUUCUGGAGUUUGCCUACAGGUAUCACCAAAGAUACAAGAUGGUUCUCUGGAUAGGAGGGGAAAGCAGGUAUAUUAGGCAAAACUAUCUAAAUCUCUGGUCAUUUUUAGAGGUUGAUAUUGGAGUUGAAAACUGCUCAGAAAGAAGCAGGAUAAAAAGCUUUGAAGAGCAGGAAGAGGCAGCCAUUUCUAGAGUUCGGAAAGACCUAAUGAGAAACAUACCAUAUUUGGUGAUCAUUGAUAAUUUGGAAAGUGAAAAGGAUUGGUGGGACCACAAGCUUGUGAUGGAUCUUCUUCCCCGUUUUGGUGGAGAAACCCACAUUCUUAUUUCAACACGCCUUCCUCAUGUGAUGAACCUAGAACCUUUGAAGCUUUCAUACUUGUCUGGAGUUGAGGCAAUGUCUGUAAUGCAAGCAGGUGUAAAAGACUACCCAAUUGCAGAAGUUGAUGCACUCAGGGUUAUUGAGGAAAAAGUUGGAAGGUUAACCCUGGGCCUCACAAUUGUGGGGGCAAUUUUAUCUGAGCUACCCAUAAAUCCAAGCAGGCUAUUGGAUACUGUUAACAGAAUGCCCUUGAGAGAUAUGUCAUGGGGUGGUAGGGAAUCUCAUUCAUUGAGGAAAAACACUUUCCUUCUGCAACUGUUUGAGGUCUGCUUUUCCAUAUUUGAUCAUGCAGAAGGGCCAAGGAGCUUAGCAACUAGAAUGGUCCAGGUGAGUGGUUGGUUUGCACCAGCUGCAAUUCCAGUCUCCUUGUUAGCACUGGCUGCUAACAAGAUACCUGAGAAACAUAAAGGAACCAAAAUUUGGAGAAGAAUGUUCUGUUCCUUGACUUGUGGUUUUUCUUCAUCACACACCAAGAGAUCAGAAGCAGAAGCAUCUUCAAUGUUGCUGAGAUUCAAUAUUGCAAGAAGUAGUACCAAGCAAGGUUACAUCCAUUUCAAUGAUCUAAUCAAGCUUUAUUCUCGAAAGAGAGGAGUCACUGGAGUAGCACAUGCCAUGGUUCAAGCAGUCAUUAGUCGUGGAUAUAUAUACCAUCAUUCAGAACAUAUAUGGGCUGCCUGUUUCUUGCUAUUUGGAUUUGGUAAUGACCCUAGAAUUGUUGAGCUCAAGGUAUCAGAACUGUUAUACCUUGUCAAAGAAGUGGUUUUGCCUCUUGCAAUCCAGACCUUCCUCACAUUCUCCAGGUGCAGUGCCUCUCUAGAACUCCUGCGCCUUUGCACCAAUGCUUUGGAAGCAGCAGAGCAAGCAUUUGUUGCGCCAGUUGAAAAAUGGUUGGACAUAUCACUCUGUUGGAGGCCAAUCCGAACUAAUGCUCAGUUAAAUCCAUGCCUUUGGCAGGAAUUGGCAUUAACUAGAGCCAGCGUGCUUGAAACCAGAGCAAAGUUAAUGCUAAGAGGGGGACAAUUUGACAUAGGAGAUGACCUAAUUAGAAAGGCUAUUUUUAUUAGAACUUCAAUUUGUGGUGAGGAUCAUCCAGAUACUGUAUCUGCCCAUGAAACUCUUAGCAAGCUCACCAGGCUUCUUGCAAAUGUUCAAAAUCAUACUUCACCAUAGAUUCUACAUUCUUGUAACCAACUUCUUUUUUUCUCUCUAAAUUAGGAUCAUACAAAUUUUACAAAUAAAAAUUCCUGUAAACAACUUAGAGGAAUUUUUACACCAUUUUCAACAGAAUAUAUCCUUCCAUUUUUG